GUGCGCAUGCGUUAAUAAAUUUUAACGGACUCAAAUAAUCGGCGAAUUUUCAGACAAAUUAUAACUAGUUUUGUAGCUGGAGUAAACUUAUGAUACCAUUCUCAUGCCAGAAAUGGAGAUAGGCAAGCUCAAAGUUGGCGUCAACGUUGACAUUCAACGGACAGACGGCCGCAUCCACUCUGCAGUAGUUAGUGGGGUCAGUGUGGAAACGCAGAGUGUCACUGUAGAGUGGUAUGAAAAAGGAGAAACUAAAGGAAAAGAGAUUGAGUUGGAAGCUGUAUGGGCCUUGAAUCCAGAGCUACAAGAGGAAGAUGAGGAGGUCCAAGCUCCUCCAGUUCGGGAGGUCAGGUCAGCUAGGGAAAAUGAUGAAGAGUCAAAUGAGGGCAUCACUGGGGAGGAUCAGGACGAGGCAGAGGACAAUGAUGAGGGUGAGGUGCAAAACAAGGAAGAGGAGGAGGAAGAAGAAGAGGAAGAAGAAGAGAGUGAGGGUCUAAUUGACUUUGAGAAUUUAGACAGUGAUGAUGUAAUCAAUGUGAAAGAUGCAGAAAAUGAGGAGUUUGGUUCUGAGAGCCAGUUUGAGUUAGAUUUAGAUAUCAGUGAGGACUUGGACAACAUUGAGAGUGGAAGUGACAGCUUCACUCAGUACAGUGAAGAGCAGCCUGUGGGGCCACCGCUGCCUAAGCAGAAGCAGCGUCCAGCCAAGAUUGACACCAAAAGGCCAGUGGUCAGUAGACCAGCCAGAGUUGGUGCCAGACAGGUCAGAAAGAGUAACAGGGUAGCCUCAGAAUCAGUACCAAAAGAGACCCCUAGGAACAACAGUAGUAGACUUCCCUCGUCAAAGAUGUCACGUCCCAGUUAUGCACGCGCACCUUCCCAGAAUUCUCAGAACAGCCAGUUGAACAAAGUGGCCCCUCCUCCCCCUGCAGAACAGCCUCCUGCCAAGAAGCAGCCCACUGCUCAGCAAACGGCCGCCGCUGCAGCAGCGUCCCGUAGAAAAUCCAAUUGUGUCAAAGAAGUUGAGAAGAUCGAGGAGAGAAGGAAGGCACGCAGGGCUCAAGCCGUAGCAAUUAAAGAACAAAUAGAACAGGACAUUGAUACGUCACAUCCAAAUUGGGAGUUCCUUAUGAUGAUUAGAGAAUAUCAAGCAACCCUAGAUUACAGACCACUCACUGAUUCAGAUCCUAUUGAGGACCAUCAGAUUUGUGUGUGUGUGAGAAAGAGGCCUAUUAAUAAAAAAGAGCUGAAUAAGAAAGAGGUUGAUGUGGUCACAGCUCCCAACAAGCAAAAUGUUAUAGUUCAUGAGCCCAAACUCAAAGUAGAUCUCACAAAAUUCCUUGAGAACCAGAACUUUCGUUUUGACUAUGUCUUUGAUGAGAAUGCAGACAAUGAAAUGGUAUACAGGUAUACAGCUAAGCCAUUAGUGGAGUGCAUAUUUGAACAGGGUAUGGCCACUUGCUUUGCAUACGGCCAAACUGGCAGUGGGAAAACUCAUACAAUGGGAGGAGAUUUUUCUGGUAAACAGCAGGACUGUACCAAAGGAAUAUAUGCAUUUUCAGCUCGUGAUGUUUUCAAACUCCAUCAUGGAAAGUACAAGAAGCUGGACCUACUGGUGUCUUGCAGUUUCUUUGAAAUUUAUAGUGGCAAGGUGUUUGACUUGCUCAAUAAAAAACAGAAGCUACGUGUGUUGGAAGAUGGCAAGCAGCAGGUGCAGGUGGUAGGACUCAAGGAAGAGUUAGUUCAUUCUGUGGAUGAAGUCUUGAAACUUAUACAGUCAGGAAAUGUAGUCAGAACAUCUGGGCAGACGUCUGCCAACAACCAUUCCUCCAGGUCACAUGCAGUAUUUCAGAUAGUUUUGAGGAAAAAAGGAACCAAAAAGCUUCAUGGGAAAUUUUCCUUGAUUGAUUUAGCAGGUAAUGAGCGAGGAGCCGAUACCAUGAGUUCAGACAGACAAACUCGCAUGGAAGGAGCAGAAAUCAACAAAAGCUUGCUAGCCUUGAAGGAAUGUAUCCGGGCCCUGGGGCGCAAGGGGGCCCACUUGCCAUUUAGAGCCAGUAAACUUACUCAGGUUCUCAGGGAUUCCUUUAUUGGAGGGAAGUCAAGAACAUGCAUGAUUGCCAUGAUUUCCCCUGCCAUGUCUUGCUGUGAACACUCCCUGAACACCCUGAGGUAUGCAGACAGAGUGAAGGAGCUGGGACCAGGGGGCCCUGUGGAGGGGAGGCCGGCUGAUGAGAACAUUCCACCCCCUGAAGCACAGAACAAUACCCCACUGUCACCCCAGAACAGUGAUCUAGUGCUGCUAAGAACUGGAAAUGAAGCUGAGAUAUCAGAUGAGCUGCUGACGUUCCAUGAAGUGAUCAACCACAUGCAAGAGAUAGAAGAGGAGGUGAUAGAUGAUCACAAAGCUCUAUGUGAAGGUUUGGGUAAAUGGUUGAAUGAAGACAAGAAACUGCUGAAGAUGACAGAUGACGUAGAUUAUGAUGUUGAAGGUUAUGCAAGGAACUUGGACAGUUUACUUGCCAAGAGGAUUGAUGCAUUGUCAAGAUUGAGGGACAAAGUAGUAAAUUUCCGCUUAGAGCUCCAAGAAGAGGAAAAUUUGAGCAAAAACAUGAAGGGAAGAAGGCCCCCAAACAAGUGAAUAUGUGGAUGGCCACGUUGUCCGGUUACCACAAAACCUGCAUGAGGGGACUUUUUGAAUGGAAAACCUACAAUCUGCUCAUCCAACCAUCUUAGAUUACAGCAUAAUAGAAGCUUCCCUUGUUUUUCCAGUGUAAUGUAUGUGCCGUGUUGAAUGCAAGUGACUUAUCAUGAUAUAAUUUUUUUAUAUACAAAUUCAUAUAAUAUGCCAAGAAAUUAAUCUUGAGAUUGACUGCUGUGUUAUUUUGUAAUACUGAGUCUGGUAUACUGCUCCUAGUCUUGCUUAGACUGGGUGGAUUUAGUAAAAGCUAUUAGAAGCUUUGCACUUAGUCAGGUCACAUUGAAUCAGUAGGGCAUUGUUGUAGUGAACAAUUUUAAGAUACAACUCAUGUCCCAGACAAGAGAACUGUGCUCAAAAUGGCCAAAGUAGAUUUAAUAUUCAUCGUCAGAUUUCUCACGUGCUGCCAAAUAGUACACAGGUGUUUAUCUAAUAGCUGGGUUUUACCAGCCAAGGAUAAGGGGAGUGAUCUGUGGCCCACUUGAACUUGGAGGACACUGAAAGCAUUGUGUGAUAAUUGUUAUAAACUAACUGUGCUCAAAGUUGCCUCCUUGGUUGCACACAAAGCCAAGGCAUUUUCAGUAUAACUUCUUGUGUAGGUGUGGCACCAUUCCAACCUUGUGUUAUUCUUAUUCCAUCCAUGUGUUGAUCUUACAACUGCAAAACUGUGGGGAGAGACGUAUUUUGCCUUUAUAAGGGAAUGCCGGCACAAAAAAAGUCUAGUAAUAUUCUGAGGAUGUAGUUGUGAACAGAACAACUGAAUUAAUCAUGGGCCAGCAACCCAGUUUUCCAUUUAUUUAUUUAUUUUAUUAUUAUUAUUAUUUUGACAAGAAUGAACAAUGUAAUGUUUAUUAGUGGUUUAUUCACUUAUUUAUUAUACUGAGUAAUGUAAAUGGUAAUUGUACAUAAGUGUAAAAUAGGGGACUUUUUUUUUUUUUUUUUUUUUUUUUUGUAAAUAUAUGUUAAGUCAAAACUGCACAGACCAUCAGUAUUGAUUGAAGCACAGGUAAUGGUAUGUCCUAUUAUUACAUGUGGAUAGCCAAACAAUGUAGUGUCAUUACCCAACAAGAUGGAUGGGGGCUUUUCUAUUCAAUAUCACCAUUUAUAAAAUGACAGAAUGACCCAUCUUUAUCAUUAUGGAUGUGUAGGGUCUGCUGUCUUUUUCUAGUCAUCUGCACCACUGUUGUUGGGAAUAUAGUUGUUGGUGGGAGAAAUGAAUUAAGGAUUAGGCAUUUGCCUAGAUCUAAGAAUGGAUGUUUGGGUGUGGGAGGGGGUGUCCAGGUGUUUUUGCUCCUGCGAUUUACACAGAAGCUUAUGGCCACAAUUCAAUUCUGCUUAAUCAGCUGAAUCUGGUUGGCGGAUGUUACUAUUGCGAUUAGGUUUAUUCCAAAGUGUUGGCAGUGUUGAAGUUGAGCUGUGCAAGAUGGAUUUGGUAAUAAAUGCAUGAUUAAAAUAAACAUGUUUUUGAAGCUUCCAGACAUUGUUUAUUUUCUAUUGAUUUUUUCAAGACUUAAACAUUUGGGUUUUUUAUCUACAAAUUUAAUAAAAGAAAUUUGAAUGUUUUGGAUUUUUUAAUGAAGCUGACUUUUCCCUGUCAUGAAGAGAAAACUAGGCAAAUUCUGCUGAUAAAACAUUUUACUGCCUCUUGUGACCAAAUCUUUAAGAAAGUCAGAAACUUCCUGAAAAGGAAAGGCAUGUGCUGAUGCAGAACAUCUUCAUUUAUUUAGAAAUGGUAAAGGGAGCACAGGAUCCUUGUUCCAAGAAAUAAUUCCCAAAUUAAAAGCCAACAACAACCCCUUGCAUUGCACUGUAUUCCUUUUGGACCAAAAAAUAUUAAUCCUUGUGAUCUGUAACACUACAUUUAUUUUUUUUUUAUUCAAAGUACUUAAUUCAUUUUGUGGUUCAAUAAUCUUAUGUGGAGACAUACACCACCUUUGGCAGUAAAAUACUCAAUGUCCAGCUGUAGCAAGUUAUCAUUGGAGUGAAGACUACAAAAAAAUUUAUUGGCACUUUGAACUGUGUACUUCCGUUAUGUGAAAGUCUUAAAUACAGAACAAUGUAUACCAGUUUGUGUCAAUAAUAUGCAAAAAGUGCAAUAACAUCUAGUCUGCCUUUUUUAUACAUGUAAAACGGGAUAUGAUUUGGUGCCAUAAAAUAAUACAAACAACC